AGUUAAUAAUUGUGUUCUUGACACUUUGGAGAAGUUGCUAUGAGAAUCAGUUUAACUAGUGGCAUCGUACCAGAGAAGAUCCAGUCAUGAUGGGGAUUUAUUGACUAAGUAACUGUGACUACUCAUCUUGGAUGACGUAAAAUAACUUUGGUAACUAACACUGCAAAGUUCAUUAUCCUGUUGUGUGGGAAAAACAAAACACUUAAGUAAGGCUGUGGAAUAUUAAACAGGAUUAGUAGUUUUGCCACUUUUAUUACAACAUAAAGAGCAAUAUCAGCUGAAAGCGGCUGGCCAUGUCAGCGGCAGCAGUCAGUCCAUCAUCACAGCAGCGGGUGAAGCAGAGUGGCUCCCCUCCAGCCUCCAGCUCCGUCAGCAGCAACAGCACCCCGGUCCGACUGCAUCCUGUCCGCGCAACGGUGCCGUACCUGCUUCUGGGUGGAAAUCAGCACAGCCCAACCCGCUACGCUUCCUCCUCCUCCCCUGUAGCCGGGAGCAACACGGGACCGACGACGUCCAGUUGCUCCAGUCCCGCCAACCCGGGUGGAAGCGGCUCGGACGGCAGGCUGGUCCCCAGGCAGAGGCGUUCACCGCCACACAGCAGGAUCUCACCAGACGUCUCUUCUUAUCCGCUCAAAGCUGAAAAGACAAAGUCCCAGCUGGUCCGGAGUUCAGGGGUCGUAUUGCGGUCUUUUUCUCUGGGCACUAUCUGUGGGCCCUACCUCACCGGGCAGUGGCCUCGUGACCCCCAUGUUAAUCACACAUCUUGUAUGACAGAUCAAUCCACACAGACUCCUGGAUGUUGGAGUGACAGAACUGGAUAUAAGAGGAGCUCACACCAACGCUCUGCUUCCUGGAGCAGCACCGAUCAGCUCAAAGAGAUCGUGAGGCUCCGGCAGCAGCUCCAGCGCAGCAAACAAUCAGGCCGCACCACUAAAGACAAGGACCGACUCUCCCCCGUUCAGUGUAACACCAUCACCCACCCGGCCCUGACCAGCACCACCACCUAUAUCUACACAGCAGCCGGACACAUUCAGCAGUUUUCCAUGUCGAAGUCGGCCCAGAUGCCGCUGUCUAACAUCACAGUGCCAAAGCCCUCCAUCUCCAGGGUGCCCAGCAGCAUGGAGGGCAUCAACCACGAGCUGGAGAAGGUCUUUAUCAGAGACAACGGGGAGAAGGAAGAGCUCAAGUCCCUGGAGGUUCCUGACGGCCGUCGGGCUCCGUUCCCUCCCCAGCAGCGCAGCGGCAGUUCCCGGAGUGUGGACACCCAGACCCCCUCAGCCCCGGGGCGGUCCAGCAGCUGCUCCAGUCUGUCACCAUGCCCCUCACCAGCCUGCCCACCAGGGUCACAUGACGGCAGUCCUUACUCCACAGAGGAUCUACUCUACGACCGAGACAAAGACAGUGGAAGCAGCUCACCGCUGCCCAAGUUCGCCUCCUCACCCAAACCCAACAACAGCUACAUGUUCAAGCGUGAGCCUCCGGAGGGCUGUGAGAAGAUUAAAGCCUUCGAGGAGAUGAGUUCCCGGCAGUCGGCGGCGGCAUCGGUCCCCCUCUUUUCCUGCCCCGACAAAAACAAAGUCAACUUCAUCCCAACAGGCUCCGCCUUCUGUCCCGUCAGACUCCCUGGCGCCAUGCACCUCACCCCGGCCUCAGAGCCAGAGGAGGAUGAGGAUGGAGAGCCUCGGGGGGCCGCCUCCCUCUACGGCAUCCCCACUCAGGUCUCGACGAGCACCAGCACAGACGACCCCCCGUCAGAGGAGCCCGGCUCCCCCUCAGAGACUGCAGAGCCCCAGACAGACAGCCCAGCCAUCAGCUAGAGCCGAGCAGAGCCGGACUCCGCCUCGGGGAACCCGUACGAGUGAGCACCGACCACCAAAACGUUACUGUUCCACCAACACCUCCCUCUGCUCUGCCAGGGGAGCCUCCGUCUCUGUGCUGACCCCUCCACCCUUCUUCUAUCUCUGCAUGACGUAGCAACUAUGUCCCUUAAUCUUCACCGCCACCAUCACCCAGACUGUCCACCUUAACGUUCUGUCCUGCAUCAUGUCUGAGCUGUCUGCAGGGGGCCGAGGGUCCAAGGAGGGAAGACGGGGAGGAUGGGGGGGAGGGGGGCAUGCAGUUUAAACUGGUAGUAUAUUUCUGGUUAAAUUAUGUGUUGUCUUCUGUUUCAACAUUCACAGUACAAAUAAGCUCUAAACUUACAUCAUAUAUAU